UCCACGCGCAGUGCGGCCACAUCGCGCGUCAGAGCUGGACAUGUGCAGGCAGACCUUGGAGCUGGCGCCGCCUGGUCACAUCGAGGACUUGCGAAGAUGCUGAUUCCACUGACUCUUCUGCUGGUCAUCUCGCAGCUCCACGAAGUCCUUAACAUCCCUCUGUACAAGCGAGCCUCCGACACCAAGACACCAAACGACAUUCCAAUCCUCAUCACCCACCCCACACACAUCCAGCACAUCCUGAAGCCGAUACGACAGAAGAAAAGCCACAACAUUCCCGUUAUUCCAAUCCCACAUCACCUCCUGAUACCCUCAAAGCUACACGUGAUCCCGGCCCAGUCGAAUGUCCGCCACAGCUCAGUACACACCAACGUGAACCAUCUAAUCACCAACGAUAACAUUAAGAUACCAGUGGUAACACAAACAGUGUCCCACAGUGCUACCAACGUCACCCACCCUGGUCUCAUACCCAUUCUGAUACCAAUCCAUCAUAACCUAGUACAAGUUCAUGAUCUGACUGUGAUACCGCUUCAGAAUAAAGAGAAGCUGGGACAGUACAGAACGGAAAAGAAGGAAGAAGAACUGGAGGAACAGAAUCGGUACAGGACGUACUAUGGCGGGUUUGGGACAGGACUAUUUUUCGGAGGACAUGGAGCGGGUCACGGAUUCUAUCAUGCUUACGGAAAGUGAUUUAGAUAAUGUAUAGAUUAAUUGAAUAAUUAUCAUCUAGUUAUAGUUAUAGUCUCGAUGUUUAGGCUUUUGUUUGACCCAUUGCUUCAGGAGGCGAUCAGGUCGCGUGAGGAAAUUCAAGUUCCCGUGUCGGAAUAAUUGUGUGUACAUUCUGAUGUGUCACGGAAACCAGUCGUAGUUGAUACUUAUAUUAGAAGAAUUAAGUGUACGAGCGUGCGGGAAAUGAUGUGUGUGUUGAAAGGCAAGCAUUGACGAGAUGUAAUAAAUCGUGAUAAACCUUAAAACUAAUGUGUUAGUUAGGAUAAUGUUAUAUAAGAUUUAUUUAUUGAAUAAAUAUAAUUUAUGAUA